AUGGCUUUAGCCUGCCAAUGGAUGGACAGCAAGGUCAUGGGCAUGGCACCAGCCAAGGCACAGGCAACCAAUCAGCCCUGCCCAAUGCCAAGCGGUGCAACCCCAUGGGUGGACAAGGUGGUUACAGCAAGCAGCAGAUUCAGCAAAUGGGUGGCAUUGCAAGUGGUGUUGGUGGUGGCCCAAACCAAGGCCAUGGCUUCAACCCAUCAAUCCAGUCCACUGGCAAUGCUCAGAACAACCCCAUGGAUGGGCAAGGUUGCAAUAUGGGCACUUCCUCCCAAUGGGGAAUGCAAGGCACUGGCUUUGGCCUACAUGCCUCUAACCAACCAGGCAAUGCUUUCAACCAAGCUCAGCCCAUUUUUGGGGGGGAACCAGAAUGGCACCAACCAGAAUGGCACCAACCAAGGCCCAAACCAGUCCAAUGCCAACCACCAGAGCAACCCCAUGGGUGUACAAGGUGGCAACCAGCAGCCCAUCAGUGGGCAAGGUGGCAACCAGCAGGGUGGGAACCAGCAGUGUGGUGGCAACCAGCAGUAUGGGGGCAAUGGUGCAACCCACAUGGGUGGACAAGGUGGCAACCAGCAGGAUGGGGGCCAUGUCACGACGUCUUUUGGAAUCACGCCCAACUUCAUGAUCCACUUUGGUGAUCAUCCUGAUGAGACCGGCUUAAGGAGCGCUGGAGUUUCUCGACACCCAUCUGCUUCGAAGGAGACGGCGGAGCUUCACCGACCGGUGGAUCCUGUCGCAGACUUGCUGCCAGAGGGCCAGGGAUGGCGAAAUCGCUUCACGAGGAUCUUUUAUUACGACUUCGACUUGGGCGUCUCUGAGCACCGGCUCUUCUACGCAGGCCUCCGGCAGUCUGACCGCUGGCACUUCGCGCACUUGAGCCAUGAAUCGCUCACGAUACUUUUCAAGGAGUGGCGAGUUCUGAAGGAUUUCGCAUUUGGCGCCUUUGCGCCCGAGUGGCCGAGACGUUUUUACGUUCACUCCGUAGAUUGCGUAGAUGCCACGAGCUGGGCGUUGAUCGCGAAGUUCUUUAAGCUCUCUUUGGCCUUUCCACCGGUGGGGCUCUACCACCAUGUGCUCCGCCUCCGAUGGGGUGCUGGCGCGGUCCUUUUCCUGAUCCUCGGGAAGACUGAUCUUCUUUCGGAGGAGAAGCUGGUUCCUGCCAUUGCCGUUGAGGAGUUCCGCCUGGCGGUGCCGCCACUCUUGGUUCCCGCUGAGCACAUUGUCGCAGCGGGACGAUCCGACGCUGGGAGGCCCUGCAGUUCCUUGUGCGAGUCCGUGGGGAAGGUCUGCUAUGCUGCCGACUUGCUCUACCUCAACAACUGCGAGGUGCUCCGCGAGUACCACAAAUGCUCCCGCUGCGAAGCAUCAAAGGGACCGGACCAGCCAGCCUUCUGGAUGCCUCUGAGGGGCAACCGUGCCUCAGGUGGCUGCCUCUACAACUCCGACGUGCUUCAGCAUCCGCCAUCGUGUGAUGGGGCACAUCCUGAGACGCAGCGCUUGUGUGCUUGCAGAACGCCUCUGAUGGCCGCCACAGCUGAGAAGGCCCCCGAGAAGGCGAAGAUGGUGGUGCCCAAGGUGACGAAAACGGAGGUCCAACAGGUGUCAAUGACGGCAGAGGCGGCUGGAUGGAAGCCGGGCGUCCGUGCAGAGGCCUGGCGAAAAGACAUCGCGGCCUUUGCCCCGAAGGAGCGCUCUGGAACCGCUCAGCCGCCUCCGCCGCUGCUGCUGCUGGCCGGCGACCGUCCGGAGGCGGCGCGAGAGACGGUGCAGGCGUUGCUGGCGUUGAGGGGCUUCCAGAUGGAUCGCCUGCUGGUGUCCUUGGGGUGUUGCGGUGCCGAGGUGGAGCGAACCAAGCGGACCUUGGAGGUGAACUUCCCAAAGGUCACGGUUCACGAAGAGGAGACCCCGCUGGGCGGGUCUUUGCGAGGUCGCUCUCGGCUACUGGCUGACUCGGCAAGAGACACUGAGCACUUGCGGAUGGCGCUUACCCGCAGCUUGAACGCUUUCAAUAGCAGCAGUUUGCUGGUGGUGCACGAGGGCACACUCUUCUCUCCGGAUUUCCUUCAAUUCUUCAGUCAGCUAGAGUUAGUCAUGGAGGAGGAUGCUACAGUUUGGUGUGUUGGAGCCUGGAAUGAUGCAGGCUUGGCACCUUAUGUGGCAGACCGCACUGCGUUGCUGCGCACGGACUGGCACCCUGCAAAGUAUGCCUGGAUGAUGCGUCGCCAGACGCUUCAGGAGCUGCUCUCUCAGUGGCCGGGUGCCGAAUGGGAACGCUUCCUUCGGAUGGACCAGAUCCGCCUGGACCGACACUGCAUCAUCCCUGAGGUGUCUCGCUGCUACCCCUUCGGCCCUUCCAAUUUGGAUGAUCCUGCACUUCGCCGCAGCGAGCGCGCCGCCUUUGACGAGUUCCACCGGACGAUCGUUUGGAACCAGGAUGCAUCGGUGGUGCAGCUGGGUGAUGUGCGGCGAUUGCUGGAAGGGUCUUAUGAAAAGCUCUUGCUGCAUGACUGGCCGGGAGAUGAAGCUUUAGUGAAGAGCAACCGGACCACGUUUCGCCAGCUGUUGAAAGUCACGGAGGGGAAUUGGCACCUGGUUCUGGAGGACCGCCAGUGGUCAAAGGCAGCUUCCUUCCUGCGACUGCCUUCCACCAAGGAGAUCCAUUUACCAGCUUCAUACAGAGGUUACCUGAGGCUCCGUUGGAGAAACGCCGUGCUGCACUUGCUGCUGUCCAACUCGCCCCUUUUGGCAUCGGCCGAGAUUCCCACCGCAGCGCCCAAGAAGGUACAGGACUUCCAAGUCGCAGCUCCGGUGCUCCGAGCACCGGUGGUGUCCGUGGUGGUUGGACACUUGGGCCAAAGCUGCGACGUGACCUGUGCGCGUGAAGUGGGCGCUUUCAGGUGUCAUGAUGCAGACUUGUUGUUCCUGAACGGCUGUUCAUCGAUGCGGCAAAUUCUGGGGCCAGAUGCUUGUGGCGAGUGUUUGGCAUCAGAUGGUCAGGACUAUCCCGCAGUGGUGCUUGUGGAUGCGCAGUUGUCGGCCGAAGUGCCAGAGUUUGAACUGAACUUCAAAGGUAAGUUCAACUUUGAGGAACACAGCCCCUCCUUGGGGAGUUGCCUUUUUGCAGCCAACCUCGCUCAACCGCCCAGAUGCCAUGCUUCACACCAGCGAUUGGUCGGCAGCCUACAGACCCAAUGAGGUCAUGUUUUUGGUGUCACGCCCUUCACCGCCGUACGUUUUGGAGCAAUUGGUUUCCGGAAGGCCACCGGGGCGAAAAUGAGCAUUUGAAUUUCAUGCUAGCGGGUUGACAACUAGUUGUGCAUGUUAUAUCAAACCACCAACAGUUUGUUCAAUG